UUUGUGGGUGCUCGUGGGAGGGGGCUUCCGGGGCUGCCAGGCGGCUUUGCUUUUAGGCUUGAAGGUUCUAGGCCUCGUAGACCCUUAUACAGGCGGCGCAUGCUGGGGGCCGCAGAGGGCGCGCAGGGAGCUAGCCACAGACUAAAGUGAUUUCAUUCUGCUGCCUGUCGACAUUGGUCUUAAUCCCAUCAAAACGUAUACUGCCUGGUUUCUUCUCUCCACGGUGGUCUCACAUCUGAAACAUGGCUACGGAUUGGCUGGGCAGUAUUGUGUCCAUCAACUGUGGGGAUAGCUUGGGUGUCUAUCAGGGAAGAGUGUCAGCAGUGGAUCAGGUCAGCCAGACCAUUUCUCUCACCCGGCCUUUCCACAAUGGAGUUAAGUGCCUUGUGCCAGAAGUCACCUUCAGGGCAGGUGACAUUAUGGAAUUAAAAAUUCUAGAGAUACCAGGUCCUGGAGAAAACCAACAUUUUGGAGACCUUCAGACAGAUUUAGGCUCCUCUGGUGUUGGGUACCAAAUGGGUAUCAAUCAGAAUGGCAUGGGCAGGUUGGUCAAGAAGCCAGCCCCUUCCAGCAGUGCCCCUCAGAACAUCCCGAAGAGGACCGAUGCAAAGAGCCACGAUGCUGCCAUCUCCCCGCAGCAGCAGUGCUCCAGGAGCUGUGUGGAUAGGCAUGCAGAGCCCUUGAGUCAGUCCAGAAGUUUUCGUCGUCGGCACAACUCUUGGUCAUCUAGUAGCAGGCACCCAAAUCAGGCAACUCCAAAGAAAAGUGGUUUAAAGAAUGGCCAAAUGAAGAAUAAAGAUGACGAGUGCUUCGGGGAUGAUAUUGAAGAGAUCCCAGACACAGAUUGAUUUGAAGGGAACCUAGCCCUGUUUGACAAGGCAGCUGUGUUUGAGGAGAUUGAUACCUAUGAGAGGAGAAGUGGUACCCGUUCCCGGGGCAUCCCAAGUGAAAGGCCUGCUCGGUACCGCCACGAUGAGAACAUCCUGGAGUCAGAGCCCAUUGUCUACCGACGGAUCACAGUACCCCACAAUGUGAGCAAGGAGUUCUGCACAGACUCUGGCCUGGUUGUCCCAAGUGUCUCCUAUGAACUACAUAAAAAGCUGCUGUCUGUGGCUGAAAAGCAUGGGCUGACUCUAGAGCGGAGACUGGAGAUGACAGGUGUGUGUGCCAGUCAGAUGGCACUGACUCUGCUCGGAGGACCCAACAGGUUGAAUCAAAAUGUUCACCAGAGGCCCACCGUGGCUUUGCUCUGUGGGCCCCAUGUGAAGGGGGCUCAGGGUAUAGCUGUGGAGCAUCUAGCCAACCAUGACGUCCAGGUCAUCCUCUUCCUGCCAAACUUUGUCAAGAUGCUCGAGUCCAACAACGAGCUGUCUCUCUUCAGCAAGACCCAAGGCCAACAAGUGUCCAGUCUCAAAGAUCUGCCCACUAGCCCUGUGGACCUGGUGAUCAACUGUCUGGAUUGUCCCGAGAAUGCCUUCCUGCGGGAUCAGCCCUGGUACAAGGCAGCCGUGGCUUGGGCCAACCAGAACCGGGCACCAGUACUCAGCAUAGAUCCUCCUGUGCAUGAAGUUGAACAGGGCAUCGAUGCCAAGUGGUCACUGGCUCUGGGCCUGCCUCUGCCGCUGGGAGAGCAUGCGGGCCGCAUCUACUUGUGCGACAUUGGCAUUCCCCAGCAGGUAUUCCACGAGGUGGGGAUCAACUACCACUCACCCUUUGGCUGCAAGUUUGUCAUCCCACUACACUCUGCCUAGAGGGGCUCUGGACAGGCUGGACCCUGUAGUCCCCUGCUGCUCCCGACAGUGAACUUGACAACGAACGCCUUAAGGAUGUGAAGCUUCAUGGACCUUGUUAAAUUUUUCUCUUUUGGGUUUAUUUUGUGAGAGAACAAAUCAUAUUUAAAGCUGACCUGUCACCUGCCCUUGGCCAGGAAAGGCUUUCCCAUUGGGUGUGCGAGACAGGUGGCAGGCUGAGUGCUCAGUGGCUCCAGGCAUCUCUACACUCGACCCCCUGCGUGGGGUUUUGUUUACAGACGUAGGCAGCUCACAAACUGUGUCAGGUUUACAGCCACUGGGCCAGGCCGAGCACCUCGCGGAGUGGGGCAGGGCCUGUUUGGGGGCCUGUACUUGCUACUUCAGUGCUGGUGGCUUUGUGUCCUCUCCUCUGAUCACACACAACUGGCUGUGCUGCAGCUGUCCACUAGAGGGCAGACUCGUGCCCCCCGCCCCACACAAGUUGAUUUGGAAGCUUUGACCCUUUCUCUUGAGCUGAUCCAAGUUUAAUGCUGGGAUUUUUUUUUUCCAAGGGUCCUUCCUUCUUUCUAUAGCACUCUUCAGAGGCAGGGAAGGGGGUGGCAUCAGGAUGGUUUUACUGUACUGGGGUUUUACAUUUUAUUUGUCUUCAGCCCAGUAGUAGUAUGAGGUUAUGUUACUGUAGAACCACAGUGCCCAUCUUACCAGCAUUGCCCCCAACCCCACACGCUCUCUAGUUGGGGGCAGAGCCUUUUCUUAGUCUGGGACCAGACCCCUCAGGCUGCAGCUUUAAUGUUCAGUAUUAGGGAGGCUGGGGUGCCUGGUGCUGAGCCACAAGAAGCUCCCUGGUGCUUCUGUCCUAGGCCACCACUCCCCCCACUUUCUUGCCUGCACAUACAUACCCACACUAUUUUGUUCCCUCUGCCCUUCUGGAAUGGUGGUCCUCUGUAGCUGCACAUCCCUCCCCCUUGUUUGAAUCCUUUUUGGUUGUCCACUCUACAUGAGUAGGCUUGGGGCCAGCACCCUAUCUCAGAGAUGCCAAAAUGAGGUAAUUUCUGGAUGAGCUAGCUGGUGGGGCUCAGCCAUAGGAACACACUGCUGCUCAGCUCUAAGGCACUAAGCCCCUGGACCUUGUCAGCCUAAGCCCUGGGAGCUGGUAGAACAGGAGCCAUGCCCUGGCGUUCCUGACAGCUGCCCUUCUGCUCUGUGCCUGCGCACUCUGAUUAAAGGGGUGAGUGGGAAGGCUCACCACGGGUUGUGGCCCAGGGCUACAUAUCACUUUCCCUAUAGGAGCACGGCCAGGACAGAGAGGGCUGGUCCCUCUUUCUCUCCUAUCCUGCAGUUGUCUCCAGCAGUGGGAGGAAACCAGAGACAGUCAUCCCUGUGCUGUGUCCUCCCUGAGCCUCUGCUCACUCUCAGGGCCCAGUAGCUCCCAGGAUGGGGCCCUCUCUCUAGGGGCAGGGCCGUAGUCUGAGGAGUGGUGCUGGAUUCCAGGCUUUUUAGUGAGCAACCAGUCAACAGGUUCUUGGCUGCCUGUUAACGUGCAUAGGUUCCUUGAGUGGAUACAGUGAAAAACAAGCUAGAACCCUGGCCCAAAAGACUACUCAUUCCAAUAAUUUGUGGUGGCACUGGAGGUGGGGGGUGAUGGCCUGAGGAACCACUGGGUACUGCACAUUUUUUUUUUCUUCCCUGGUGGCACUGGAGCCUCCUCAUGACCUUAGCCUGGGCCUUCCCCAGGGGUUACUAUAGAUAAGCAUGAUUCCUCUGUCCUUGGCUCUUUUCAGAGGCAUCCUGCCUGCCAUGCUCAGUCUCUGAGGGGCCCAGUCAUGGGUCAGGAGGAUCACUCAUGCAGCUCUUGGGGAACUAAAAACAGCACUAAAUAAAGCUAAAUGACAG